AGAAGCCGUAGCAAUGGUCGAUAAAAAAAAACUUCCUUUUACCUUUUCCUUUUCAUCAUAAAAGUGUACUUGUUCAAGCAAUUUUAUAUUUUAUCCAAUUUCCACCUGUAGCAGCAUUUGAGAUAUGUCCAGUCUACUCAAAGGAAUUCAACGAAAGCUCCGACUGAAGUUUAGGAGGAAGAGGAGCACUAAUCGAGCAGUUAAGGAUCGAGACUUGGCUUGGUGAGAGGAAAACCCGCGAGACGCGAGCUCUUCCUCUGACCAUGAGAAUGGGCACCAUGCGCUCCUCGCCCUGUGCGUAAGCUGCUGUGGAGGACCGACACAUUAUGAGACGCCAUGGCAUGGUGUGACCGAAGGGUUCAGACUUUGUUGGCCAUCGUGGGGGCCUUCGCCGCCUUUAGUCUCAUGACCAUCGCCAUCGGCACAGACUACUGGCUUUACUCCCGCGCGUACAUCUGCAACACCACUAAUGCCACCACGGACGAGACCCAGAUGCAAACCAAGAAAGUCAGAGGCGACCUGACGCACUCCGGGCUGUGGAGGAUCUGCUGUGUCGAAGGUAUCAACAAAGGAAGCUGUUUUCGGAUCAAUCAUUUUCCAGAGGAUAACGACUACGAUACAGACAGCUCAGAGUACAUCUUACGUAUAGUGCGUGCAUCAAGCCUAUUUCCCAUUCUCAGCACCAUUCUGCUGAUGUUGGGUGGCCUGUGUGUCGGGGUUGGACGCAUCUACAGCAACAAGAACAACAUUGUGCUAAGUGCUGGCAUCCUGUUUGUGGCUGCAGGUUUGAGCAACAUCAUCGGCAUCAUUGUCUAUAUUUCCAGUAACGCGGGAGAUCCCAGUGACAAGAAGGACGAGGACAAGAAGAACCACUACAACUACGGCUGGUCUUUCUACUUCGGCGCCCUCUCCUUCAUCGUGGCUGAAUCAGUGGGUGUUCUCGCAGUCAACAUAUAUAUUGAGAAAAACAAAGAGACCCGCUUCCGAGCCCGACGCGACUUCAUCAAAACCACCUCCUCUUCUUCGCCAUACUCUCGCAUCCCAAGUUACCGCAACAGACGAAGGCGCUCACGCUCCAGUUCGAGGUCAAGUGACCCGUCCCGCGAGCCCUCCCCACUGGGGAUGAAGAUCGGUGGAGGAAGUGGUGGAGGAGGAGGAGGGUUGGGGAUGGGUUUGCCAAUGGGAGAUAUAUCCCUGUAUGCCCUCAGUAGGGACCCUCUGAAGGGUGGAAGUGCGACUGCAGGGCCUUACAGUCCAGAGAGGGACUCUGGGUUUUUACAAGUCCACAACUGCUUUCAGAAAGAUCUAAAAGAUGGAGUGAACAGGAGGACCACGCCGGUAUGAGGUCAGGAGUUUAUUGCUGUGUGAAACAAUAAGCUUGAUGGGACACAUUAGAUAUUGUACUGUUAAUAAGAAAGGACACUUCCUCCCCUGGGGCUGUUCAUGCAGCAGCGAUGUUGAAAGGUCAGAGCUCAAAAUUGUUUUCCUUGCAUCCCUCUGUGACAGAAAAGUGCCAAUCUUUGUUUCAUUUGAAGGAAGAAGAAAAGUGAUAUCAAAACAAGUUUUUAUGAUAUGACUCAGUACAUUCUUUAAAAAGUGGAUGCUGACAUUUUGUAGCAAUAUUUGAAGAAUUUAAAACUAAAAUGUGAUACCCAAUAUGUGUGAGUGACUCCUGCUCUUACAGAAAGGCUGUACUGGUAUUCUUUGCCUGAUAAAAUAAUUAACUUUUAUAGACUUGAUGCUCAAUAUAAUAAAGAUUAUGAAUAUUGACCUUCAGGUAAUGAUGUUUUACUUCUAUUGUAGCUGUAUAGUGUUUUUGAAAUGAACAUAUUUCUUAUAUUCUGAGACAAGAAGAUGUUUGUCAGCAAAAUUGUUUGCUAAAAUUAAGUGAUUUAUGUGACUGUUUGAGUAUUAUUAUAUUGUAUUUGUAAUUUAACACAACUGGUGCUAACUUAAUCUGUACACCUUUAAUAGUCUUAAGCCUUCUGAACUGCCAUUUAAAUACUCUCACCCUAUCUCAAUAACCUCUCUCAAGCUUGUAUGUGAGAUAUGUGAUAAAUGUGUGUUACAGUAUGUGAAAUGUCUGUUAUGCCUCUGAAACACUGCCAACUUCUAACUAUGAAUAUGGAUUCUUGUAGAUAUAUAUAUAUGUCAACAACCAUGACAAGGCACACAGUAAUGUUAGUACAUUCCAGUAUGCUGUGUGAUGUGUCAGAGUAAACAUUGUUUGUACAGACUUUUUGUUCUCCGUUUGCUCAGGGACGAUGUGUGAAACAAAUCUACUUUUAGAGAUGUAGAGCAUGAGACAGAAGUAUUGAAGUGGGUUUGCAUUUCCUUACCUAGGCCAGACAGACUGUUGUGGUUGGUGUGUGUAAAAACAAAGGUGACAUCACGCUGUAUGUUUUGCUGUUAAUUAACAUGACUCUUGUUUCUGCAUUUACCGCCUUUGUGUCUGGAGGGUUUUUGUCUGGUACAAAUUCCUAAUACAAAAUCAAAAUCAAAAUACACUUGUACUCACUGCAGAACUUUAAGUGUUUCUGUACUGAGAAAAUCUUAAAGGAAUUAAUGACAAGAAACAAUUUUGUGUCAUCAUGUAGUUAUGCGACUUCCUGAAGUUAACAACUGUACUAUUGCAUGACAGAAACUGAAAAAUUGAAAUAUUGUGGCAAUGGUUGGCUACAUGUGGAUGCAGAUCCAGUUAUAUAUGAUUGGUUAAAGUCUUGAAUUUCUCCCACGGGGGAUCAAUAAAGGAACAUCUUAUCUUAUGUAAACAGCAAGACACAAUAACAGUACAAUAAUGACAUCCACAUGUUCAAAAUUAAUUCUGUCACAUUGUAACUAAACUCCUUAAUGUCAGGACAUUAACAUGACAGAUGACAACCAUUUUGAAAGCAAUAAGCUUAUUGUGUUAUAGAGAUGGAAUCGUAAGUAUGACUGUUAAGUUGAAGGCUGUUCGGGGUUGUUGAGGAAUCAGGUCCUGAAAUACUGAAGGAAUGGUUUCAUUUCUUCUUUUUUUCUAUAUAUACAUGAUCUUUAUUAUGAUCUUCUUAGCCACAGUUAAUACCAUUAAAAUAAAUGAUUUUGAGUGUAAUACAUGUGAUAUGAAGCAUAAAAAGGUCAGCCAGGAGUGACAUGGUUUGACACAAGUGGUUGCUGAGUAUGUGGCAUCAUGCAUGACCCUCCAACCAGAAUGACUGAAGUAGUGUACAGGUCCAGGAGCCAUGGAAAUAAUCAUCUAUUGCAUGUGGACAUUAAGGGGAUUUGCUAUUAUUAGAGAAUCACAUAUUGUUUCCAAUCCCAUAUUGAAGAGUUUGUGAGUUGUUCUAUGAGCUCUAUAAAGGAUUAUAUGUUGUAUUAAUUGGGUUUUAAAUUGCAAGUUGGGGAAAACGUAUUGUUGUAUAUGUUGUGUCAAGUUAAAAUGAACUUUGUUUGUUUAGGUCUGAUAACAACAGUGUUUUUGUGAUGAGAAAAAAAAUAUAUGUAUAAGCCCCCAAGAGAAGCCUUGGUCAGGACUCUUUACAUUCAGUAAAAUAUUGUGUUUUUUUAUCAGAAUUAAAGAACACUUAUCUUAAAUAGUGACUGGGGAGGCAACUUCAGAACACAACUUUGUAAUUACAGUUAAAUAAUAAAAUAUGAACUAAACUA